UGGGGGUGGGGUUAAAUGCACCGAGAUCUCUUUCCUAGAGAGACCCCAGCAAGGCACAACAGAUGCAAAAACUCGGGAGGACCGCUCUUCCGGCUUCCUCUCCUUGCAACUGCAUCUCUUAAGUUCUGCAUAUAUAUAUUUUUUAUUUCUAGUCUGGAAACAGCUGCAAGGGUGUCGCAGAUCUCCAGAAGAGUGCAAUGCAACGGCCGCAAAGGGAAGGGCAGAAAGAAAUAAAAACAGAGAUGCAGGACACCGAUGGAUCUGAAAAGGGGGACAAGCCAGAGGGGGGCGAAACAGACCUUCAUGUCACCCAGGUGGGGACCAGCACAGAGCUUCUGGCUGGGAUGGCUCCAAAGCUAAUUAAGCAGGAACCCGAGGAGGGGAUGCAGCCAUGCUGGGAGGCCCAGUGGCAGGAGUUCUUGAAGACCAUGCAGGCCCCUUGCUUAGGAUGGAGACCCUCACAGCUGUCUCUGCUCCACUCAGGGGAAGGCCCAAAGGAAUUCCGGGCCUCCUCUUGGCCGAGAAGAGGAUGUGCCACCCCGAUUCUCCCCAGCCUUCCUAGAGAAGUCCUCCAGAAGGCCUAUGAAAGCAGCCCAGAUCCUCAUGCAAGAGUGAAAGAAGAGAUUAUGGAGGAGGAAGAGCCCAUCGGCCUGGAGACUCGGUGCCAGUGCUUCCGGCGGUUCUGCUACUGGGAGGCCGAGGGGCCCCGCGAGGUGUGCAGGCGGCUCAAGGGGCUUUGCCGCCAGUGGCUGAGGCCAGAGAGGCACACCAAGGAGCAGAUCCUGGAACUGGUGACCCUGGAGCAGUUCCUAGCUGUCCUGCCCCAGGAAAUGCAGAGCUGGGUCAGGGAAGGCUUUCCGCAGACUUGCGCCCAGGCGGUGGCUCUGGCAGAGGAUUUCCUGCUGAGGCAGGAGAGGAGGGAAGAACCGUUUCAGGAGCUGGAGCCUUUCGAGCAGGUGAUUGUUAAUUCUCCCAAGGCAGAACAGGACCCGUCGGACACCGAAGAGUUGCAGCUCCCCAUGGCGGUUGAGCAGGACAGUGACGGGGAGACGAACUUGCUCAGUGAUGGGCAGCUUAGUGAGAAUGAGGAGGAGAAUUGUCAGCUGGAGAGACAUGAGGAAGCUGAAGCAAGCUGGGUGCCCAGAGAAAAAGCCCGAGGGGAAUUUACCCAGGAUUCUCUGUUUGUUUCCGGAACUGAGAAUAAGGAGAAGAAUCUUCAUGUAGAAAGUCCCAAGGAAGUGGAACUUAGCAAGGUCCCCUGGGAAAAGGGCAGAGGGGCUUUGUUCCAGGUGUUUGAGGGGCCCGCAAGUCGGCAGGGUGUGAAGAAGCUCCAGGAAGACCCCCUGGGAAACACCCUGAGGAAAGGCUUUGACAACAAAAACCCCUCCCAAGAGAGAAUCCCCGAUGAGGUGCCUCAGAAGGCAGAGUGCAGGAAAGGCUUCGCCCAGAGCCCCGACGUAUCUCAUCCGGAGAAGGCACCGUCGUAUGAGUGCUCCUACUGCGGGAAGAGGUGGCCUUGCCAGUCCCAGCUGCGGCGGCACGUGAAGAUCCACACGGGCGAGCGGCCCCACAAAUGCACGGACUGUGGGAAAAGCUUCAGCACUAGCUCCAACCUCAGCCAGCACAAGCGGGUCCACACCGGGGAAAGGCCAUACAGCUGCAAAGACUGUGGGAAAAGCUACCGGCGCCGAGCAUCGCUGCUCCAGCAUGAGCGGGAGACCUGCCGGAAGGGUAACCACUUAAACGCCCCAGCGGUGGGUUACGUGGUCCUGGGCAACUGCACUUUGCUGUGCAUGAAAAAGUCGGCGCAGGGCGGGAGGAACCGUGUGAUUGCGCCAAAGGGAGGGGAGGCCCCCCUAGCCGCUCAGCCCUUAAAUACGUUGACAGGAUAUGUGCCGGAAAGGAGCCAUCCCAAUGAUUAGAGCGCAAGGGGGUGGGGACAGGGGCAGGACGGAGAAAUCCUUCAAAGAGCAUCGUUGGAGCUUUAUUUGGGAGUCGACAGCGGCAGAAAACGUACCCUUUGCGAUGCCGAUCCCCUGUGGCAGCUCAGUGUGUGGAAACCUGUCCUAGCUAAAGAGUUUGGCGUAUAGAGGAAGGGUGAGAGCAACCAAGGAGCGCAACUCUUGAGAUGCACUGAAAAGGUGUGGUUUGUUGGGCCUGGCGCAUUACUAAGUGGGAACGAUUUGCCAUUGCUUUUAAUGCAGAGUGAAAAUAUGCUGGCCCUGAUAACAUCGCAUCAGGAAUGCACUGAUAAUGUUGUGGGACUUCAGCUCCCCAUCAGCCCUAACCAAAAUGGCCAGUGGAUGAGGAUGAUGGGAGCUGCUGUGCCAGAAACAUGUAGAAGGUAUCACAUUGGCAAUUCCCACCAUACGUUUUCAAAAAGCAAGAUCUGCCACACCAAGCAGAACACACUAGCCAUGUACGGGUGUCCUGCCAGGCACUUAACAAGCAGCCUUGUUUUUGCAUGCCCCAACAAGCCACCCCGGACAUGGGCUAUGUAGUACCUGGGCUCACUCAGCUGAUGGGCAAGGAAUGUGUGUGUCUCGUGUCGUGCAGGCUUCAAAUGCAGUAUGCGACAGGAGUGGGUCUGGAAGUGUGAUUUUGAAAAUGCCAUGAAACCUUGGUCAAGGAGCACAAGUCUUGCCUACGUGCAGGAACUGUAUAAAUAUUCUGUUUGAGAUAAA